GCCGCCACCGCCCCCUCAUGUGGUUCCUCCGAGUUGGGCCCGCGGCUGCAGCUGCGUUUGUCAGAGCGUUUCUGCCCCCAGGUUGCGCCGCCAUGAACACGGGCAGCUUCACGGUCUCGCAGCCCCUCAAUUAUCGCGACGGGAAACGAGUGCAGCCCGCCGACGACUCCGGCACGGAGAAGGCGUACGAGCCAGCCACAGGCCGAGUAAUAGCUACUUUCCAUUGCUCUGGAGAGAAGGAAGUAGAUUUGGCAGUUCAGAGUGCAAAAGCUGCUUUUAAAAUAUGGAGGCAAAAAUCAGGCAUGGAGCGUUCCCGAAUCCUUCUGGAAGCUGCUAGGAUAAUUAGAGAACGGAAGGAUGAAAUAGCUACUGUGGAAACCAUUAACAAUGGGAAAUCUGUCUUCGAGGCGCAGUUAGAUAUUGAUUCUUCUUGGCAGUGUUUAGAGUAUUGUGCAGGCUUGGCUGGUUCCAUGGCAGGUGAGCAUAUCCAGUUGCCUGGCGGAUCAUUUGGCUACACCAGACGGGAACCUCUUGGGGUAUGUGUUGGAAUUGGAGCAUGGAACUACCCUUUCCAGAUUGCUACUUGGAAGUCUGCCCCAGCUUUGGCUUGUGGUAACGCCAUGAUCUUUAAACCCUCUCAGUUCACGCCUGUGUCAGCGUUGCUGUUGGCCGAAAUCUAUACCGAAGCUGGGGUGCCUCUGGGGCUCUUCAAUGUAGUGCAAGGUGGAGCUGCCACAGGCCAGUUUCUGUGCCAGCAUCGUGAUGUGGCCAAAGUUUCUUUCACUGGGAGUGUGCCCACUGGCAAGAAGAUCAUGGAGUUGGCCUCUCAAGGCAUCAAACCUGUCACCCUGGAGCUUGGAGGCAAAUCUCCCCUUAUCAUUUUCUCGGACUGUGAUAUAGAGAAUGCUGUGAAAGGAGCGAUGAUGGCCAACUUCCUCACCCAAGGCGAGGUGUGCUGUAAUGGCACAAGAGUAUUUGUGCAAAGAGAAAUUCUGGAUAAAUUCACAGACGAAGUAGUAAAACAAACCCAAAAGAUAAAGAUUGGGGACCCUCUUCUGGAAGACACAAGAAUGGGCCCCCUUAUCAACCGACCACAUCUGCAGCGUGUCCUUGGGUUCAUUGAACAGGCAAAGAAACAGGGUGCUAAAGUAUUGUGUGGUGGAGACUUGUAUGUUCCAAAGGAUCCCAAGCUAAAGGAUGGAUACUACAUGAAACCUUGUGUACUAGGAAAUUGCAAAGAUGACAUGACCUGUGUGAAGGAAGAGAUCUUUGGGCCGGUUAUGUCCAUUUUACCCUUUGACACAGAAGCCGAGGUCCUGGAAAGAGCUAAUGACACCACCUUUGGCCUUGCAGCUGGUGUCUUCACAAGGGAUAUCCAGAGGGCUCACCGAGUGGUGGCUGAGCUUCAAGCUGGAGUGUGCUACAUUAACAAUUACAAUGUUAGCCCGGUGGAAUUGCCCUUUGGUGGCUAUAAGAUGUCAGGAUUUGGCAGAGAGAAUGGCCGUGUGACAAUUGAGUAUUAUUCACAGCUAAAGACCGUCUGUGUUGAGAUGGGUGAUGUGGAGUCUGUAUUCUGAUGAGCCGAGGCAGAGAUCUGUGAAAACAGCACCACGUGGUGGGGUCACAAGCUGAACGUCUUGACACUGAGCAUGACUCAACACUAAUUGGGACCUGGCCCUAUUCAGCCUUUGGAAUUCUGGUCCUUCAGGGGUAGAGAAUUGAGUGACACUCUUUUCUCAGCCCAGGGUUGUCUGUUAAAAACACAUAAUAACAUUUUCUACAGAUUAACCAAAAGAGCUGUGAUUUUUCUCCAGUGUGAAUCUGUACAAGACCCUAAAAUGCCAACUCUUUGCUCUCUCUAGGAGAGCAGAAAUGCCUAGAACUUGGAGAGAUUAGAUCCAUCAGUGGUAUUUGUUGCUUCUCUUUAACCCGUUUAAAAAUUACUAAGGUGAUAGUUUUGCUUAGUGACUAUUUUUAUUAAAUAUCUAAUCCAGGGUCAGGGAACCUGCAGCCUUAAGGCCACAUAUGGCCCUCUAGGUCCUUGGGUGCAGCCCUUUGACUGAGUCCAAGUUUUACAGCACAAGUCCUUUCAUUAAGGGGCUCUGUUCUGUGAAGUUUGGAUUCAGGCAAAGGGCUGCACUUGAGGACCUAGAGGACUACCUGUGACCUCAAGGCUGCAGCUUCCUCACCCUUGUACCUAGUCUCACCCUGUUGUGGAGAUAGCUUAGUAAAAAGUAGAUAGUCAUCUCUCCUGCUUAAUACAGUUAUUAAACUAUAGUAUCGAACAGAGUUUUUAACAGUAGUCAUAUUAACGACUUUGCUUAUUUUCAGAGCCGUUAUGGAAGUCUCUGACUUCCUUGAGAUAUCCUCAUCUGGCAAACCCUUACCAGAAAGUUUUUGUGUGUUAGUCUAGGAGUGAAGCAUUCAGAUUAAGCUAAAGCAAAUAAAUCCCAGUGGAAUCCCAUUAUAUGAACAUCUAGCUUAUCUGAAUUUAGAUAUAUAUGAUGAGCAAAAACAGAGAGAGAGGGAGAUAACAGUUUUACUAGUUCAGGACUUCAGUGAACCUGUUCUUUGGAAGAGAGUGUGUGAUGGGAGCCGUGAGUUUGCUGUUCUCUGUUUCAUUUCCCACAUUCCUCCCUCUUAGUUUGAUUCUACAAUUAUAUCUUCUCCCUGUCCCUGUGUUAUUCCAGAAGCACCUCUUCACUAGACAUGGAGACAGUCUGUUCCUUCUGUUUAAGCUGGUUGAGCUGAUGGGACAGAUGGCCCUACUUCCCUUCCCUGAGAUUCUUGGCCUCUGCUGAGUUUUCUUUGUUUUCCUUUUGUAAUGGUGAUGUAGGUGGUGGAGUGAUCACUGCUUAAUAGAAUCCCACUUCUAUGUGAAGCCUGUUGAAGAGUAUUUUUCCUAAUCAUUAAUUUUCCUGUUUUGUUUUUCUUCUGUUUGUGUAGAAGUCCUGGUUCAGUUUCUGUCCUGAUCAAUAGCCUGACUGGUCAUCAUGAAAAAUAAAAUUUGCAAGCACAUCUGAGA